UUACAAUGGUUGAUUUCAUUGAAGAGCCAUUUACAGUUAUAUCUCCAUGUUAUCAACAUAAAUUAUCAUGUAUUUUUCAUCGAAAACGUAAUCCUUAUGUUGAUGAUCAAAACCGAGAACAUAUUGUCAUAUUAUGUCAUGGUUAUUUGUCAAAUAAAAAUGCACUUUUUCUUCCGCAAUUAUCACGUGACAUAUCAGACUCGACUACAAAUCAAUUUCAUUCAGUUCGUUUUGAUUUUCAUGGUUGUGGUGAAUCAACUGGUCGUGAUGAAUGGGAUUAUGGAGGAUAUGAAAAUGAAGCUAAAGAUGAUUUAAGAAGUAUUGUUGAAUAUUUACGUAAUAAAAAUGAAAAAUAUUUUAUUCGAGGUCUUAUAGGACAUUCACGAGUUGGUACAACGGUUUUACUUUAUACUUUAUAUUAUGAUGAUAUACCAAUUGUCGUCAAUAUAGCUGGACGUUAUCGACUUGAACUUGGCAUAUCUGAACGAUUUUCUCAAAAACAAUUCGAUGAACUCGAAAAAAAAUGGUUCAUUAAUAAUUCAUACUAUUAA